GGUGAAGGAGGGUCUGAUAUGUGUGCUCUCUGAUAUGAGAAAGACAUUUUGUGUGUUUGUGUAUUUGUGUGUGUGUGUGUGUGUGUGUGUGUGUGUGUGUGUGUGUGUCUGUGUCUGUGUCUGUGUGUGUGUGUGUGUGUGAGUGUGUGUGUGGAGAAUGGGUAUGAAAAAAUAAGAGUAGGAAGCGACUGAGAAGGAACAAUCUUAUAUUAAUUGAUUCAGUUAUUGCUGCAGCGGUGCUUGGAAGAACACCAACAACUGGGAGCCAAGGGCAGUUCCCCAUCGUUCAGAACGUCACGGUGACAGAGGGAGGCGUAGCCAAUAUGACCUGCCGUGUGGAUUCCAAUGACAACACCUCCCUCCAGUGGUCAAACCCCGCACAGCAGACCCUCUUCUUCGGGGACAAAAAAGCUCUGAGGGACAGUCGGAUUAACCUGGUGCGAGCCUCAUGGCAGGAGCUGACCAUCAGCAUCGGCGAGGUGUCCCUGUCUGACGAGGGCCAGUACACGUGCUCACUCUUCACCAUGCCCGUGAAGACCGCCAAGGCCUUCCUCACCGUGCACAGAGUCCCCGAUAAGCCUCAGAUCCUGGGGGUCACACAGCCGGUCCUGGAGGGCGACCAGGUCACUCUGACCUGCGUGACGUCCGGCAGCAAGCCCGCGGCAGAGAUCCGGUGGUUACGGAAUGGGAAGGAGGUCACAGGUUUAAAGGAGGUGAAUUUAAGUGACAACACCUACACGGUGAAGACCUCGCUACAGAUGAAUGUGGACCAGAACGACGACGGGGUCAUCUACACCUGCCAGGUGGACCACGUGUCCCACCCCUCGACCCCGCAGCUGGCCACACAGACGCUGGUGGUGCAUUAUGCCCCUCGUGUGCAGAUCAAACACACGCAGCCGUUCCCCCAGGAUGGACAGUUCCUGAAACUGGAGUGUGUGGUCAGAGGAAACCCUGCGCCAGAACACAUUCUGUGGACCAAAGAUGGGGGUGAAUUACCUGACCUGGACAGAAUGAUUGUGGAGGACCAGGAGCUGACCUUCACCUCCCUGAAUAAGACUGACAACGGCACCUACCGCUGCGAGGCCACCAACCACCUGGGCACGGCCCACGACGAAUACAAACUCUUUGUUUACGAUGCCCCCACUACCCCGCCUCCAUCCACAACUCCUCCCCCUCAGCCCACCCCUCCAGACACCACCCCCUCCAUAGACACCAAGCACGCCAACCCCGCAUUCACUGAUCCAAAUGCCCUGGGGCCUCACAACACUGACCAUGCUCUGAUUGGAGGAGUGGUUGCCGUGGUGGUCUUUGUCACGCUCUGUUUAAUCAUCGUACUGGGACGAUACCUAGCCAGGCAUAAAGGAACGUAUCUGACGAAUGAGGCGAAGGGCGCUGACGACGCCCCAGACGCUGACACUGCCAUCAUAAACGCCGAAGGCAACCACGCCUCAGAGGAGAAGAAGGAGUACUUCAUUUAGACCACAGGAGGCGCCGCUCAGAGCUACACACCAUGCAACAUGAUGGGGGCAGGGUGGGGGUGGGGAGGUGGGAGCGGGGGGCUACGAGAUACCAGUGAACUAUUUGGUCUUUAUUUCUUCUUCUUCUUCUUCUUCUUCUUCUUCUUCCUCUUCUUCUUCUUCUUCUUCUUCCUCUUCUUCUUCCUCUUCUUCUUUUUCUUCUUCUUUGUCUUUAUCUUCUAGUAAUUUUACUAUUUGCCUUUUGUCUGUUUUCAUUUGAUGAUAUGUUUCACCACAGCAUUGGGCUUGUCUGUUUUUUUGUUUAUUUGUUUGUUUGUUUGUUUGUUUGGGCUCUAAACGGCAACUGCUUCACUGGUAACUUUGUAUGGGAAUCUGUAGCUGCAGAACAUGUUGUCUUUUUUUUUAUUAUUAUUAUUAUUCACGUCUCUGUAACAAUUGUAAGAGAAUGAAAUCAGACAUUUCUAGAGCUGCCUAUACUUCAAACACGUUGAUCCAGUCCUCAUAAAGCUUCAUCACAUCCACACUGACACUGUGCCUAAAUAUACAGACGUCCCCACUAUCUCAAUGCCUCCAUUGACAAGUACAGUACACGUCCUCUGUCUUAGGCUGCUUGCAUUCUGUACUGUUGAGUAGUGUAUGAUUUGAUUUGAUUUCAGAUUGAGCCAUCCUUCAUUUAUGUAUUGAGCCAUCCUGAUUUUAAUGUGGAGAUUUUCUUGCCGCUGUAGUAAAUUAUAGAGAGAGUUUUUGUAUGCUCAUUUUAGUAGCCUGAGUACAAAAAGUAGAGGCAAAAAGACAUUCAGCACACAGAUAAGAUGUACAGAAAAUAAUCAAAUAGACUGAUGUAAGUGAGCACAAACGAGCUGACAUAUCACUAUCCCCAUUUCUUUCGUUGUAAACGAUUAAAAACAACUUUUUUUGUCUGUAUAUUCGUGCACUGACAAGCCCCAUCUCUGUAAAAACUCUCUUUAUGUCAUCACUCCAAAAGGGUUCAAAGGUCACCUCGUGGUAACACACACCACUUCAUUUGGUUGCCAGGGUUCAAAUGUGUCUGCUGCGUAUGACCCUGCCAUUCCCCCAGAGGCAGCAGUUUGACCAUCGUUGCCUAAGGACUGAAGCACAACAGAUGAUUUCUCUGUCAGUGGAUUGGCCACCUCAGGACACUAACAUUAGCGUAACGAAUGACAAACACAGGUUUAUUGAAAUUACUCGAGUAAAUAUCACAAUGCCCUCUAUCAACCAGUGUUGACAGCUGGAAUGUUUGAGUGAUGUCGUAUAAGGCCAUUUGAUGCAUAUUACUGAUACGACCAACAAAUAGACAUAAAUAAACCCUCGGUCACUUCCCCUCUAAAUGUAGUGAAACGUAAAAAUUGUUGAUAAAUCUUGGUAUCCCGUUUAGAAAAUUGUAAUAAUGCAAGUUUAUCUACAUGUUCUUUUUUCUAUCUUUUCUGACACAUUCUUUCUUUCUGCACAAGGCAUGUGUAUAACUAUGUAAGUAUGUAAUGUUUUUGUUUGUUUAAUUUUUCUUCUUCCGUUUAUUUUAUUCCAUUUGAUUGACAGCAGUGGAAAUAAACAUGGCAGAGGUGCAGACAGCCUCGUGAUAUGUUCAUUAGAGACCUGCGUAAGGACAACUAAAGCUGAAGCGUUCUGAUCUUAUUACAGAUGACUAAGAACACGAUGACAAAUUUUGUGAAAUAACCUACUGCCUCCGUUUUCUUGGAACGGAUUUAAUUCCCACAUCUUUGCAAGAUAGUAAAAAGCUUACAUUUUUGUUCAGAUUAAAUAAUAGGUAGGCUUUCCUGUUCCAUUCUCCACUUUCAGUACUAUUUCAGUUUCAGUUCCCGAGUGAGUCAGCAAUUUUCUGGACAAAGGCCGUACACUUGAUAGAUGCAUACUAAGAAAAUAAUGAAGGAUAGAUAAAAAUACUAGUACAAGCCUCCACCAUUCUGACACUGCUAUUUCUCAACCUGGGGUUACAUGAGAACCAAUAUGUGCUGUUCUCAGUUUAUUUAGACAGUCUAACUAAUUAACUAUUCAGGUAGAUUUGGUGAUCUUGUGAGGGUUACCGAUUGAUUCUUUAGAUUUAACACUCUUGUUUGAAGUACGCACCGUGAUGGUUAUCCACCAUUUUUGGAUCAUAGCAUUGUUGAAAAAACACUUUCACGCCUCACACAGGUACAGCUUCUUUCACAAAUUCCCUCACGACUUGAAGGCUAUUGAAAUAUUGGAUCAUUUUGAUUUAAAUUUUUUUUUUUCAAAUCUACACUUAAAUUUGUCAUUCGUUUCAGUUUAACAAUCACCAAUACUGCCUUUGUCUUCUUUGUGUCUUUGUGUUAGAUCUUCUAGGACAGAGACUAAGAACUAGAGGUGUGCUGUUGUUUCUUUUUUCUUUUUCAUUUUUUUGUCUCUUCAGUUCUUCUGUUCCAUUUUGGUACUUCCGUUCACCUCAUACUUGUAACGAUAUCAGUAUUUGCGUUUUGUUUUGUUCUUUUGUAGCAUUUGAUUGUGUAUGCAAGUGUGUCCAUCUUUCACAGUCAUGUUUAAUCACAAACACAACACAACCAUGUCAGACAACUUACGUUUGACAAAUCAUGGUACCCACCCAUCCAUCUACCUGUUGAUUUCUCAUACUAAUGUUGUUGCCUUGAAUGGAAAAAAAUGAAUUUUUAGCAUCAGUUCAGAAAAUGAACUGCUCUUGGUUUGCAGUGUGUAAGAAACUGAUAUGUCUCAACCUAACUAGGUGUGACUGACACAUUACAGACAGGCUAACCUGGAGGCUCCACGAGCACUGACAACAUCACGUACAGUAGAUGCUGGAGCUCCACGAGCACUGACAACAUCACGUACAGUAUAUGUCAAUCUGUCAGGCGCAUAUGAAGAAUGGCUUUUGCAGCUGUGAGUUUAGCAGGCUGGUCAUCACUCAUUUCAGGAUGAAAACUGAUGAACUUUUUAGGCAAGCUCAGGAAGUUUUGAGCUGAUGCACACAUAUCAACUGGAAUGUGACCUUUAACGGGAGCUUGUACUCUCCUCACUGAUGAAGCCUGGUAUCCGUUUUUGGCAUAUUUGAGACAUUCCUCUCAUAAAGUCACACACUAUACUUGCAUAUUGAUUAAACUGUCAACCAACAUGGCUGGGGGUUUUUUGGUCGCCAUCCUGACAGUUUAUUAACAUUAAAUCAGAACGAUUUGCAGCUAAAAUAUUAGUUUGAGUCAACCCCAAUAGUCACCUGAUCCUUAAACAGUUAGUUUGGUCUGAGUCAUGUACUAUUUCAGUGAAAUAGUAAGCCACUUGUAUAUAGCUGUGUUGAAUUUUGGUGUUGUUUCGGUUUGCAUCUAAGCCACAGGCAGUGUUCGUUUUUCUUUUUUUUAUAUAUGCUUGCGUUGAGAGUGUUCAAAAAUAACUUACCAUAUGUUUAGUUUCUUUAGAAGAUGUGAGCUAACAAUUUGUAUUUCUUUGCCUCUUUGUUUCACAUCUCAGAAACAUUUCCCAUUUACCACUCGCAGUGACCUGCCUGUCUCCAGGUACUGAGGCUCGGUGCCAAAUAGCAGGGCCAGAACCCGUCCUAGUCUGGCGAGAUCCGGUCCGGGGUCACUCACUUAGGUGCACUGUCAGUUGAGUUUAUUUUCAGAUCAUUAUGGUAAUACAUAGUAUAUUUAUGGUAUGGAUCAUUCUAAUGCUUUGUGGUUCUUUCCAUUUCAACUGUAUUUAUGACUUCAGCAUUCAGGCUUUGGCUUCUGUUAGUGUCAGUCUCAAAAGCAUCGACGGUCAAUAUGACAACCACAAUGCAGGGAAAAGAAAGAAAAAAAAUUGGUCUCGAACAUAAUUCACUUACUGCAACUAAAAUGGCGGUCUAAAUAUGGUGUUGGCAAAAGAAGAAAAAAAAUAUGAUUGCAUUCAUGCGAAACUGUAUUACAUGAAGUUGACGCAGGUCAUCUAGCAUUUUAGUAACUGCUGUUUAAUUCCACAUUGCCUGUUUUUAUUGUCGUCACUGCCUCAAGAUUAUACAGCACUUUCUACAAAUAUAUUACUCUUGCCAACUUCAUUCGCAAACAAUCUCUGUAGCUAUCAUCACUGCCUCAAAUCUUUACAAAAUUUUACAGAAAUGUACCAAUCUUUCCAACUACAGAGCAUAACCUACUUAGGAAAUGAGAGAUACGGCCCCAAAACAGUCUCUUAGGACCAUGGGGUAAUAGUUCACGUAGAAUGGGUGUUCAUGGCAUACUUAUAGAGAAGGGUGUGUAGGCCAUUAGCUCGACACUCAUACUGGGUGUAUGAAUGACGAGCUAAUGCCCUUCACACCCAGUGCCCAGGACAAACUGCUUAGGGGAGUCACCACUAAUGGCUAGUAUUCCUUGUAUGUUGGUAGAGAGGUUUUUUUAGGCCAAGCAGUUUCUCUAGCUCUUGACAAUGCUAGUGGCUUCAGAAGAUGACGAGAUCAGUGCUUCUUGUAGCAAGCUGAAUUGAAAAUGCCUCAUUUGGACACCUUUUGAAGUAUUUUUUUUUCUUUUUUUUUUUUUGUUCUUUCACAGUGUAUUUAAUGGGGUUUUGAAUUCAGUUUUAAGAAUAAUUAAAAUGUAUGGAAUGGAAUUGUUGAAUAAAUAAAUGAGAAAAUGA